AUGUCCCCCCUUUCCUUCCCGUCGCCCUCACUAUCUCCCUUCCCUCACGUUGCAUUUUCCUUCCCGUCGCCCUCGCGAUAUCCCUUCCCCCUCCCCCCCCCCUUCGUCGCCUUUCUUCUCUCUCCGCCCAUUACACACCUCGUCGCCUACGCUCUUUCUCUGAAACACCCUCCUCAGCGCCCUUUCAUCGCGCUCACGUUCCCCCCUCCCCUCGCAAUCACGCUCACGUGCACCUGUCUUCGCAUCGCCUCCGCGCUCAAGGUCUCCCCUCCCAUCGCGCUCGCUAUCUCCUCCCCUUUUCUCGUCGCGCUCGCUAUCUCCCCCCCCUCUCCCCGUCGCGCUCGCUAUCUCCCCCCCUUUUCUCGUCGCACUCGCUAUCUCCCCCCCUCUCCACGUCGCGCUCGUUAUCUCUCUCGCGAACUCGUAUCGAUCCCCCAUUUCCAGUCGCCCUCCGUUCCCGUCGACCUCCGUUCUGAUCGCCUCCGCGAUCUGAUGUCAUCGCCUCUCCCGUCGCCCUCCCAUUUCGCGUCGCCCUCCGUUCCGAUCGUCUUCGCGAUCGGCUCUCACAUCCCGUCGCCCUCCCGUCUAUUUCGCCAUCUCCCAUCUGUCCUCAUCGCCCUCACGAUCUCACUUACCAUUCCCUCACAAUGCAAGUCCCCCCUCCCUUCUCAUCGCCCUCACGAUCUCACUUCCCAUUCCCUCACGAUCUCUCUCAUGGAAGACGAGGCUUCCCUUCCCUUCGUGAUCGUCAGCUCUCAUCCCCUUCCCGUCGCCUCACUUUCUCCCAUCCCCUUCCGUCGCCCUCACCUUCUCCCGUACCUUCCCGUCUUCCUGGUGUUCUCCAAUGCCCUCCGUCACCCUUCCUCUCUCCCCUGCCACCCCGUCUCCAGUUCCGGUUCCUCUAUCCCCAUCACCCUCUUUCUCUUCAUUCGCAUCACCUUGCCCAUCAUCAUUUCCCCCCGCUUUUUUUUUAUUCCUCCAUUCCCCGUUAUUGCACCUCUCACAGGCCCCAAGUCCAAGGCCGCACAUUGCUAG